CCCCACAUUCGAUGCCCCCCCUCUUCCCGUUUUGUUUUUCAUCCUUCUCUCUCUUCUCCCUUCCGCCCCUCUCUCUCUAGAAAUCCACUUUGGCUUAUACAAUGGUCAACUCACCCACUUACGGGUCCGACCCCAACUCGUCCAACACAACUUACGUCCAAGCCGACCCCACAACUUUCCGGGCCGUCGUCCAAAGACUGACCGGAGCACCCGAAGACCCAUCUGCCCCAAAGCUACCCCUCACCCUCCCCGCCCGCUACUCCACCCCCAAACCUCCCACCGCCUCCGAAAUGGGGCCCCGGCGACCGGCUUUCAAGCUCCACGAGCGCAGACACGCCACCAAGAAGCUCGAGCUCAGCCUCAACCUCAACACCGCCGCCGCAGCAACCCCAUCAUCCUCCUCGUGUGGGCCCUGCGGCAGGCUGCCCAGAGUGGGAGCAGGGUUUAUAGGUUUUGGGAACCAUGAGAUGGUGAUGGCGUCGCCCGUUUCGACCCUGGAUUUUCUGGGACGUGGGAGCCCGAGGACGCCGCCGGCGUCUCUGUGUGAAGAGGAAGAUCGAGCCAUUGCUGGGAAGGGGUUCUAUUUGCACCCAAGUCCGCUAAGUACACCCAGAGGGACGACUGACCACACUCCUGAGCUUUUGCCUCUGUUUCCUCUGCAAUCUCCUAGAGAUAGUCAAAACUCUUGUUCCUCUACUUAAUUAAUUAGCAACCCAAUAAUUUCUUUAAUUUAUUUUUUUUCUUGAUCAUGUUGUUAAUGAAGUUGUUAUAAUCUUAAUGAUGGCUUAUGGGUUUGGAUGUUUUUGAAA